AUGCUCUGGCGCCUGUCCACGCUGCAGACGCCGUACUACUUCUACAACGUAAGCAUCAUCAACGGGAGCACGUACAAGGAGGUCGACGUUGUCUUUUCCAAUUUUCCCACCGAGAGGGAAAAGCUGGACAGGCACGGCAUCCUGUUUGAAGUGGACAGCGCAGGCCAGUUGGCAAGUUUCAGCGCGACGAAUCUGCUUAUCCAGCUCACGACGAGCCUCACCCUGCUGGCGAUGGCGACGGUAGUCGUGAACGUGAUGGCGCAGUACGUUCUGAAGUUCAGGCACUAUUACCAGGAGGCCCUGUAUGACGUCACUGUUGAUUUCUCUGACCUGCGGAGGGUGCACGAGAUGACGGACCUCCAGCUCGAGACCGAGCUGAGAAACAGGAACCUGGAGCCCAAGCCUGGCCCACGCCAGCGGCGCGAGACACAGCUGCUGGAGGCCGGGUUCGAGCCAGCUUCGGGUGCAGCGUCCUUUGGCAGCGCUGCCGGCCGAUCUCGCAGCGCGCUCGCUCAUCCUCUGCAGGGCGAGGCGUAG